GGAACUAUGUCUGCAGUCUCUUUCCAAUCAGUAUUUCAGUACUUGCGAAAGAAUGGCUUCUGCUUACUUACAACAGCCCAUCCUGAGGGAAGCGUUAUCACACUUCCUGUUUUGUAUUUAUCUCCAGUGUAAGUACACGUACUUCAAGCCCCUGGACCAGUGUGUGGAGCGCAAACACGAUUAUCACUGGCACGACGCCAUCAAGCGCUUCUUCAGGUGUCCCUGCGGCCAGCGGUCCAUCGCCCUCGACCGACUGCCCCACAAGCCCUGCAGCAACUGUGGCCUGUUCAAAUGGGCGAGGGACAGCAUGCUCAAGGAGAAGCCAGGUCCGAAGAUUGCUGGGGAGCUGCUCUUACCCCGGGGAGAAGAGCAGCCCAAAUUCAUCAACAGCAUCAAGUGACAUCCAGGUCACAUGAGUCAUAAUGACUCAUCGCUGCAGAGUUUUACCCCCAUCGCACAGACCCUGUUCAGACCCCACACACAGCCCCACACACACACACACACACACACACAGCCCCACACACACACACACACACACACACUCACACACACAGCCCCACACACAGCCCCACUGCGCCCCUACACCCUCCCAGCAGCUACACUGUACAUCCCUCAUUAGGGUAAAUUAUGUUAGCAUUAGCGUUAGUGUUUUCAUUCCUGUGAAUGUUGUGUGUGGUGCGAGCCUGGCAGAGCUCUGGGCUGUUAUGCUGCUGCUGAAUUACCUCGUCCCACUAACACACUGAACAAUAAUGUACAGUGCAAAGUGGCUGUUUCUCCGUAUCAUAAGCAGCCAUUUUAAUGUUUCAGUAGCUCUUAGCUGUAAGGCCAAGUUCUGUCUUAAGUGGAGGUGGCCGGAUAAUUUUUACCUGCUGUUUCAGGGAGGGUGUGGGAGAAUGCCACUUUCUCUUUCACCUAAAUCAUGUCAUAUGGGAAAUAAAUAAAUUGAGAUAUCUGCU